ACCAAUCCCUCUUUCACUUUAGAGGAUGUUGUGCCAAAAUGCUUGGACUCAGUUUUAAGUUUGUUGUUUUAAUCGACUUGUUGACAACAGCUUUUAGUGUGAUAGAAGUUAAACCAAAUCAACCUGCUGUAGUAAAUAUCAAAGGCCAGAGCAACAAUUCUAUAGUUUUGAGGAAUGUGAGUGUUGACAUAAGCUAUGUAACAUUUCAAGUUCACUCACAAACCAAAAACAUUACAUUGUCUUCCACUCCGAAACCAGUGGUAGGAAAAUCAGUAACAGGGGUGGAUGUUGGAAUAGUUACCAUUCUGGAAACCAAUCAGACAGAGGUCACCUGCUACAUUCUGUCCAAUUACAGUGAAGAUGUCCAGAUCCAUCUUGCAAUUUACCUCAUGUCUGGAAAUAUCCCUGUAGUAGGUGGCUGUAAUCUAGAGUUUUCCUUGGAGACGGAUGCCAACCUUUUGGUUUCCUACACCAGCACCAGAGAUCUGAUAGAAUUCCAGUGGUCUAACAUUCCUCUGGGGUCUAGAUCCACCUCUAGAAUCAUCACUCCCCAGUGCGAGGACCAGUUUUACCAGGACACAUUAGAAUACAGCGUGUAUGUUAAAUACCUGUCUGGGAAUGACCUCUCCACUGCGGGGUACUUUUCAGCAUUGCAGCAGAUGUUGACAGCAGAAGAUGUCAUGGCUAAUGGUAUACAGCUGGCCUCAACCAACAACAAAGCUAGUUCUCAAAAACCAGAAUUCCUCAUAGCAUCUUAUCCAGGAACCGGAGCUGUGUAUAAUAUGGUUGUCAAGGUGACAACCCCAGCAGGGGUUACCAUGGCAGCAUACUUCCCCCAGGUCACAUACAGCUGUAAUUUACAACAAAGGGAUAGCUGUCACAUGUAUGGUAUAUUUUGGAAGAUAAGUGCAGUUGUACUAGGAAUAGUGGGACUUUUCCUAAACUUUCUGGGACACAGAUUCUUCAGAACAGGUAAUUUUAUAUGUGCCUUCCUGGGGUUCUGCAUUGUCUUCUACAGUGUACUGACCUUGUCAUCUGAUCAGAGUGAUACAGUUGUGUUGAUCCUGACGGCAGUUCUUAGUGUUGUGUGUGCGGCCCUUUGGCUUGGGAUGUUUGAGUUCAUUGGAGCUGCUGCAAUAUCCGUACUGCUAACAGGAUUGGUGGCAGGGUAUCUCAUCUCCAGCAUUGUCUUCUAUACCAAGUUUGGAAACUUGUCUUACUGGCACAAACCAUUUAAUUAUGGCAUGGCCUUUACCUGCGGCGUACUAGCUAUUCCUGUCUUCAUUCUUGCCUAUACUAAAGUGCUGAACAUUGUGUCGUGUUCAUUCAUUGGAUCAUACCUGGUGAUUCUUGUCCCGGACAUAUUCCUACACAGUGGAAUGAAGUACUUUGUCGUCAACUCCCUCAGACACUCUACUGACGUUGAUUACGUCAGCGUCAUUAACACGGGACCAUUCCUCGUAACAGAGAUAAUCCUGAGCUGUGUCUGGUGUUUGCUCUCUGUUGUGGGAGCAUUCGUCCAGUUUUACAAUAACUGGGGUCUCCCUGACUUUCCGGAGAGCUCCAGGAGUUGUGGAAAUAAGGUGCAGCCAAAAUACAACCGAGUUCCUGCCCGGUACAGUGUAGAGCCAGAGGCAGAUGAACCAGAUAUUGAUGAACCAGAUGAGCGAUCACCUCUACUGCGACAAACUGUGAACGAGCGGCGCCAGAGGAACAAAGUGGUAGCAGCUCCCACCUAGCUACAGAUCAAGGGAGACAACCAGGAGUCACAGCAUUUAUUUUGUCUCCAUGCAUGAUUUUGAUAUACAUGUACACAGUUCUCACAUCUACUGAACAGUGUAUCAUUUAUAAGGAUUUAAUUACAUUGUAUUUUUGAAAAUUAUGCUUGUAUAAAGGCAACAUGGUAAGCAGACAAAUGAAUGUUGCAUGUGAGCCUGCAAAUUGAUUUGUUUUAAUUUGUGUUCAAUCCAUACCAUUUAGAAAAUGGUCUUUCAGCAGAUACAUGUAUACACUCGAUCCAUAAAAAAGGAAUGUUUUACUGUCAAUGAGUAGGUGGUAUACUUAAUUUGAACUUGAUUCAUGUACAUUUACCACAAUCAGCAGUUAUUGUAUAUAUACAGGUAUAAACUGUUGUACAGUUAUUGUAUGUAUACAGGUAUAAACUGUUGUACAGUUAUUGUAUACAUGUAUAUACAGGUAUAAAUUGUUGUACAGUUAUUGUAUAUAUACAGGUAUAAACUGUUGUCCAUCAGAUUACAUAACUACAUGUACAUCAACACCAUUACAGUGAUCUUUCCGUGUACAAUUAUUUGAUUUUCUAAAAACUUAUUCUUCUCAUAGUUGAAGGACCAUGUAUCAAAGAGCAUGUUCAGUAACACAAACCAGUAUUAAAGGACCUGAAGUUGUUAUUGCUUUGGUUCUGAAAGAUGUUUAAAUUGUUUUUGUUGUAGAUCAGUGUUAUAUUUACAUUCCUCCAUCUUCUUUAAAAGUCUGUGAUAUUCUUGUCUGUUACAAAAGUCAAUUAGAUUUAUUGGGGGGGGGGGGGGGGGGAUCAUUAUCUCUUAAUUGCAAGUUAGUUAUUUUGUAAUUGUUUAUAAAAAGAGACUGAUUAUGUAAUUAUGAAAUAAUCAUCUCAUAAUUAUCAGGGAAUAUUUUCCUGAUUAAGGGUUUGAUAUACAUUUGUAUUACAUAUGUCUGUUACAUGUAUUAAAUAUUUUGUAUAUUCAUACUUUAUAUAAAAAAAACUAAUAAAAUAAAUCUUUAUUUUUGUACAUUUA